AUGCAGCCGGAUGUUAUUUCUAUCACAGAGAAUUGGUUACAGGCUGAAGCCUUGGAUGCUGAAAUCGCUCUCGGUGAAUACUUAAUUCUUCGUCGAGAUAGGCUGCAUAAAAAGAAGGAGGACCAGCGGUCUGCGUCAAGAGAGGAAUUAUUGCCUCAGGAGACAAAGCUGAUCGGUCUCACUUACAGUAUGCAGUUCAGGACUGGCGACCGUGACUCAAGAAGAAUUAUCGACUUUUGGAAAGAGUACAGGCGAUGGCUGCAAAGGUUGUUAAGAAUCUUGAUCAUCUGCCAUAUGAAGCAGGACUGGUUAAACUGAAUCUGUUUCCGUGCAGUUACAAGCAACUGCACAUUCAAAGCUACCGACGUUUCAGGGCUGUAGGUGUGCCCUAGAAUUUGGGGGCUUGUUUAAACUGGCUGAGACAGACCGCCUGCGUUGUCAUCCAUAAAAACUGCACAGGAAGCUGACCCAUACGGACGUCUGACAAAAGUCCUUCUCGCAGAGAGUCAUGGGACUUGGAAACGAAUACCUAUGCGGUGGUUUUUUGAGACUGUUGAAUCCUUUAAAUAGAGACUAGACGCUCAUUAGUUGAGAAAGUCCUGUACAUUUAAUCACGAUUUCGUUUUCUGUUUAUUCAGUUCAUUUCGUAAGGACAAUAGGCAAAGUCUUUAAAACCCCUAUUGAUCACAUGUCAGCCCAUUAGGUACAACCGCACACGAGCAAUGAAAACAUUCGCUGUUAAAACAGCACUUGAUUCAUUUAAGUAGCAUUGUUUCAGAUAAAUAUUUCCAUUUGCGUGAAAAAUUCAGAAUGAAGAUUCAGCCUGGACAUUGUUGUCCGUAGCUUCAUCGAAUGAUCACGAAGAUUAAAUAACAAAUGCCACUGAAGGAUGUGCUAAAAGUAAAGUCCAUGCUCAAGACCAUGUAUCAUCUUGUAGAUGAGGACAAGAUCGCCUCUUUGUUGCCUUUAACACAGAGGGGGUAAAUUAAGGCAAUUUGGUGUCCCUAUGUAGGAUUGGUUUUGUAAACCGUUUAUCAGCUUUGUUGCACGCCUUGUACCCGUUUAAGGCCUGCUUGGUCCUUUACUACCCAUGGCCGCCAUGCUUGUUUGCUAUAUUUUAGGUAGGGCCGAACAAAAGUGCCGUUAACUCUCCCAAAAGGGUCUCGGUCAAAGUUUACGAAAGCCCUUUUGAUUGCAUGCAGCACUCCCGUGACGUUUUUUGCAGCCUUGUGGCACUGCAGUGUUGGUUUCAGGUUGUUCUGUAUCCAAACCCCGAGAUCCCUCUGUGAAGAUUCUGCAGGGAGCCUUAUAUCUUUCGAGUGAUAUGUCCUCAGGCUCUCAUUUGAAUGAGAGUUGGUUGGACGCAGAUGAAACACGGCACACUUCUGCACAUUGAAAUCUAGAAGCCAUUUCUCCGACCACGGUUUCAGUCGAUGCAGAUUGUUUUGGGGGGUUCUCUGGUCGUAAGGACUCUUACUAACUUGCCAAAGCUUAAGGUCAUCGCAAACAUUAUUUUACCGCAGUCGAGUCCCUGUAGGUUGUCAUUAACAUAAAGGAUGAAGAGUGUAGCGGCUAAGCCGUGAUGGUGUACGCUCAGUACGCCACAACAUCAGGCAAUAUCCCAAGUUGCUAGAAGCAGGACACCAGUUGAAGAGGAAAAUGAUUUAUUUGUUCUGUGCUGAAUAAGGAAGGGAAGGUGGCAACCGGACGAGGCUGCGUCCGGCGCCGCGGAGGCGGCGUCCGCGAGAGGGACGAGCCGUGUGUCGCCGAAGGUCGCCGCUGCAAAAGUGUUGUGGCCUUCUUGCCUCUGUGCUGUCUGUUCCAAAUCACGUCCGCAGGGGCGGCGACCCGUAUGUGCACUUGUGACCAAUCAGCGAUAGAAAGUUGCGUUGAUUGGCUCCAAGCCCGUGCGAAGGUGGUGGCAAAUUAUCGACCAAGAGUGUGGCAUGGACGGGAGUGCAAAUCGAGGGUAAGCGAGCGCAGCCGUGGCGCGUAAACAGUAGAACGAAGGGACAGAGAAAAGGCUGCUAGCGAGAGGCGUGACGUAGCCAUGAUGGCUGUCCACAAGAGCAAUGGCCCCAGAACUGAGCUCUAAGGCAGACUACUGGUCACUUUCACCCUGUCUGACGCCCUUAUCCAGUUCAGAUGAUCUCUGCGGAUACCGAUGGCGCUCAAUUUGUGAAGAAGACUUUGGUGCGGACCAGUAUCAAUAGGUUUGCAAAAAUCGACAUACACGACAUCGACCUGAAAACCCUCUUCUAGAGCCCUGAUCCAGAUCUCCAGACAAGCUAGCAGAUUUGAGAGGCUGGAACGUCCUCUCCGGAAGCCAUGUUGA